AUGUAAACCCGUCCUCUUCCGCCCAGCAAACAGACUCGCGCCAGUCACACCUCACUGUGUCAAUCACAGCCCGUCACAACACAUCAGCUCCGUGAGCAAACAGUGGAAAACGCGGGCUGACAGCUCGGCCUUUUCUCACACCUCGCACCUGUGGCUGGCUCGCGUGCGCUUUCUUUCCACACCUUGAUUCCACGGUUCAUGAGAAAGUAUGGAAGUGUGAGUGCGCUGAACAGAAUGCAGGCUAACCAGCAAGAAAUCAGGAGGGCGUUAAAGAGCGAGGCAAACACUCACAAGGGAAGCGGCAUGGAUUGGAAAGGCCAACGCUCAUGACAGCUGCACAGAAACGGGGGAAAAAAACUCUUUAUAUUAGGAUCAUGGUAGAUUCCAGUGGCCCACAGAAAGACUGGUACUCAGUACUGGGUGCCUGUCCAACAGAUGACAUUAAAGAACUGAAACAGAAGUAUCAGAAGCUCAUCCUCAUGUUUCACCCGGACAAGCAGAGGCAGGACGUAUCAGAAGGUGAAGCGGAGCAGCACCUGCAGAGAUUCAUUGACAUUGACCAAGCUUGGAAGAUCUUGGGUAAUGAGGAGAGCAGGAAGAAGUACAACCUUGAGCUACGAGCAAAUGAACUGAAACAGAGCUGGCCAGUUGAUGCUCAUAUAACCCACGAAGACAUGAACUGGGAUUGUGAAACUGAGUGUUAUACGUACAGCUGCCGCUGUGGAGGAGAAUUCAUCUUAGAGAAGGAUGAAAUGGAAGAAAUGGAAACGGUUGUAUGCUGCGAUUCCUGUUCUCUCAGCAUUGAAGUUAAGAAGGUUACAUGACACUUUUGGAUAUGUUCAGCAAGAUUCUUAUUGGACUAUUAUUUAGCUCUUUUAAAAUGGGACAUAUUCUAUGGACACGGUUGAUUUUAACAGGAAGUCAACCCUAUUCUUAAUUGAAUGUGGCACAAAUGAGAAAUAUUUUUUUUUAUUAAAUAUUUAUUCAUGAAUUCAAAA